AUGGGACGAAGCAUCAGCUCUCAGAGAAGCGGACGCACAGCUGUCCAAGACACCGUAUCGCGGCGAAGUCGUCGGGCGUCAGAACCACCUCCGUUUGAGGUCAAUCUGAGUCCCUUCAGUGAGGAGGAACGAAGAUUAAUCUUGUCGGUCGUCAAGAGGGAUCUUGAGUUGCGUUGUAUGGAGAAACAGAGACUGAAGAAAAUACGUCGAGGGCUGCUUCUUGAGGACAGUAAGGCGCCUCUUUCGUUGCCAGGGGCAGCGCGCAACUGCACCAUCUGUUCCAGCCAAUUCCUGAUGCUAAUCAAUCCCCGAGUGACUUGUGACCUCUGCAAACGGGACGUCUGCAAGCGAUGCUCAAAGGUCUACUCAGAGGACCUUCUCUGCAGCAUCUGCUCACGUGAUGUCUUCUACAAAGCCAUGGUCUGUCAGUGGUUCUACAGCAACACAUCAAAACAAUCCAGCGGGUGCGCCUCGGAUGCCAUAGUGAAGAGCCUCUUCAGGGACAAUCUUCCAGGCCUGAACGAUUUGACAGAUGAACAAAUGUACGACACAAUUACAAGAUAUCUUGGUCCUAAUCGAAGGACCUACGUCAACGUUGAAGCCACCACUGCACGAUUCCUGCAACAAACCCGUGAGGCCCUCACACAACUCCUCAAGAUGCUUUGCAUAACCGAGGAAAAAUACAACGUAACGCUCGACCUCCCACGCAAACAACCAACCGGAUCCCAGGUGCUGGCGAUUGUGCAGAGGCAAGUGGAGCAUAUCGUCGGACACACAAUUGAGAUUCCAGAGGAAUUUCGAUCCAUAGACAAGGAUGAGGACUUGGAGUCCUACGUUGCAAGUGUGACUGGAGGCCCAGAGGAAUUUUUCGCAAGCAUACUACUCGAAGAUUUGAAAAAUGCUAUGCAAAAGUCCCAAGAGAAUGGUACUCGGUCAAGAAGCUUGAAGAAGAACUAA